AUGAACAGGAGAAAGGUUCCCCCCGAGAUGGCAAGCGUCGUGCAUUCAGGAUGGAUGACCAAGUCGCCACCUGAACGACAGCUUCGGUUGCACUUCAAGAUCUUUCAUUCUCAUUGGAAGAAGCGCUACUUUGUCCUGCGCAAGCCAACAGGUAGUCUCCCUGAUCAGUAUGAAUUGCACUACUACAAGGAUCAGCGCUGCACCAACAAGAAGGGCUCCAUAGACCUGGACCAGUGCGAGCAGAUCAUCGAAGCUCUGGACUCGGACGUGUUUCCUUAUCUGCUAGCUAUCAAGACUUCAUACAAACACAAGAUACGCACUUACUACUUAGCCACCGAUACAGAACAAGAUAUGAACACGUGGGUGAAGUGGCUGUGUCAUGUCUGUGGGCUCCGACCUGAGGAUCAACCAACAGACAUUCCUGAUCUGAAGCCUGACCAGACAGCAGGAGCAGGUGCACAAAGAAGUGGCCCGAUGGUGGUCAAUGGGACCACUUGCAGCCCACACCAGCAGGUGAAACUCUCAGAUUCCCCCAUGUCCACAAACCCCAGGGUUUCUGCUGGUCAUCUAGCUCGGACUCACUCACGGGCCUCCACAAGUUCAGAAACUAGCUUAGGCCACUUCUCUCCAGGAAAUCGUCUGACAGGACUUCAGUCUGUGGGCAGGAAAACCAGUGUUGAGAGUACUUCUGAGUCAGUGGCCCCUCCAUUACCUGAGAAAAGGCAUCUGCUGCACAAUAACGGCAUGACAAGUGUAGAUGAUGAUGUGUUUAUACCAAGUGUUUAUGAUCAUCCACCAUCUCGAAGAUCGGUGGAUCAUCCUUCAGUACGGGGAAUAAUGGAGCAUACGUCAAAACAUAAAGAAUCAUCUUCAUUAUAUAAAGUCCCUCCUUAUUUAACUACACGAGACAACAAACUUUCCGUCGGUGAAACAUCAUUGGCUGACGAAUCCACAUCACUUGGUCGCAGCCCUCUCACUAGCCUCAGUUCUUCUCUAGAUUCAUGGACAUCUUGCAGCAUCCACGGUCAAGCAGUUACAUCCACUGAAGGUUUCGACUAUCCAUUCUCCAAUCAUAGCUUGUCUGUAUCCACAGAUAAUGAAAUUCCUCCUGAAAGACCACCAAAACCCCAUCAUCUUCAGUCUCCAUACCAAAAUCUACCUCCCACAGGGAAGACAUCCCUGUUUACUGAUUUAAACACAGUGCUGGCACAUCCUAAAUCAAACCAACCAAAUUCAGGAACUGGAUAUGAUAUUCCUCGUUCUUCUCAAAGAUCAAUGCAGCAUCAUCAUCAAGCAGAGUUGUCCCAUGUACCUUCAGCUGCACUAAGAUCUGGUUCACAGGUCUCAGGAAACUACUCCUCCCAUUUAUAUCUGAAUACCAUGAAUAAGUCCGGGCCUGGGGAGCAUCCAGGGGGAUCACAAGGUGGAAGUGAUGAAGAUUACAGUGUCCAUUCAGAAACAGGUGUUGCUGCACCAGCUGUUCCGCCACCUCGAGCAGGAUAUCCAGGAGAGUCACCAGCUGGAAAUUCCGGGAGUCUCCUACUGUAUCAGUGCCCUCCAUCACCGUCGUCGGCUUCAGCUUCUGCCUCAGGAAAUGCCAGUCGACCUGGUCUUCGUUUACUUUCUCAAGGCCCUUCUGUCAGUUCCCGGGUAGCAAAUGGUCAUUCUGUUGGCCUAAAUCAAGAGGAGGCCAGUACUGGUAUCUUCAGCACCAAAAGGACACGGAGCUUUAAGAGUCCUUACAGUUUGAAGAGCAGUGUUGCGAGACAUAGCCCAAAGGUCAACAGUGUGUCUUUAUCAGCUACGAUUCCUGCGCCAAGGCCCUUGCUGCCCCCUAGACCUAAGGAGAUGUCCACUUCAGAAGAUGAUGAAGAAAUGCGAGUCCAUGAACCAGAAGAAGAG